AUGUCUUCAAAAAAGUUCAUAACUCUCAAGACUAGUGAUGGCGAGGAAUUCAAAUUCGAUGAGACUAUAGUUGUGAGGUCAGAAAUCAUCAAGAAUAUAGUACAAGACCAGGAUUGUGCUUCUAAUGUCAUCCCCUUGUCUAAUGUUGAUGAAAAACUAAUGAUGAAAGUGAUUGAGUAUUGGAAGAAACACUCGGACAAAGGCGUUUCGAAAAAUCAAUUAAAGAAUUUUGACAAGAAUUUCUUGAAGGUUCACCCAUCUGUAUUAAUUGAUGUUCUUUUAGCUGCUAAAAAUCUUGAUGAUAAGGAAUUGAGGGAUGUGAUGGGCCAAGAAGUUGCUGAUAGGAUCACAGGGAAAACACCAAAGGAAAUACGUGAAGAAUUUGGUAUCGUGAAUGAUUAUACUCCAGAGGAAGAGGGGGAGGUCCGUAGAGAGAAUGCUUGGGCUUUUGAAUGA